AUGAGCAACCAAACAAGUACAACUGAUUCAAGAUUUAAAAUGCCUAUGGCACCUCCAGUUUAUCCUUCUCAAUCUGAAACUUUACUUUUUCAAGACAUUAUAGAAGAGAAAACUAUUGCACUUCACAGUAUAUUGAACGAUUUUUUGAAGGUGCAUCCUUAUCGUAAAUUUGAUAUUGAAUUUAAUAUGUUUUUAAAACGUGUAAACCACAUUAUCAUUGAUGGGUAUCGUGCUGGUGCUAAUGUCUCUCGGAUUACCAAUUCAUCACAUAUCGUUCCACUUUACGCUAGGCCAUCAGCAAGGUUCAAUUACAGGCCAUCUACAAGUUUUAACUAUAGACCACCAACCACAAUGCCAAUGGAUAACAGUGACCAUAGCAUGUUGAGAUUACCAGAAAAUAAUUUUGAUUGCAUAAAACCUAGUGUACUUUCAAAUAAAUUUAAACCACUAGAUUGUCUUAAACCUAAAGCGGCAUUAUCUCGUAUUGAACAGUCAAGCUGUGUUUCUCACGAGUCACCUUCCACAAGUUCCACAGUUAUAAAAGUAAGCCAAAAUCAUAAUGAGGUUGUUGAAGAAAAUACAUAUUCUGAUGUAACAUUUGAAGAGAAUAAAUCAGUAUCUGAAUCACAUAAAAAUGAAAACAGAAAUGAUGAUAAUAAUUCAAUUGAAUCGCUUCUUGAAAAUGUUGGAUUUAAAAUUAUUGUUGGAUUACCAGAAAAUAAAAAUGAGACCUCAAAAAAGAGUAAUGCAAGUCGACAUCAUAAAAAUCAAUUAAAUGUUGAAAAAUUCUUAUCUGUGUGGUCUUUAAAUAUGAAAUUAAUCAAAUCAUCAGAACAAUCACUAUCAAAACAUGUUUUAGUUUUAACUGGAAAUUUGUUGGGAGAAGAUAAGCAGACAGUUGUUGAAAAGUGUCACGAAGCUGGCGUUGUAGAAGGCAGAAAAGAAAAUAGUUUAGUCAAAACCAAAAAUGGACUAUACCGUUUGGUUGGCAAUAUUAUUAGUGGAUCACCUAACGAACUAUAUCAAACAUGCUUAUUUGUCAAUGGCAUUCCAAGACAAUGGAGACAUUUUGUGAAACAACUAACUGGGGUGGAAAACAAACCAAAACAUAUGUUUGAUUUUUCAAUGAGUUCCCCUGGAGGACAAAUUGCCAAACCAAUAAAAUCUGCUGUGAAUCUUGAUGCAAGUAUGACCAGAAAAGGAACAAUUUACAGUAAAAAUAUAACGCUUGCAAAUCACAAAACAAAUAUAAAAAGAAAAUUGUCUGAAUAUGGUGACACUGAACAUAAUAAUAUUAAACAUAAUAAAAUUAAACAUCGUAGAUUCUGUGAACAUACGCCAUUAUUAUUUGCAUCCACACCAAAAAAACCAAAAAAGCCCACUAUGUUUGAAACUCCAAGUCAAAUUUGGAGAAAGAAGACAAGUCAGAACCCAAGCAAUAAUUCAAACAAACGGCAAAAGCUGGAUAGUGUUAACAAUUCUAUAAAUAUAAACAAAAGAAGACAAUCUCAGUUGAAAGAACAGGUAUAA